AUGAUGCUGAUUGUGCUUGCGGCCGUCGCCAUCAGUUCCGACGGUGUCCGAUCGGUCUUAGAAGAAACCUUCGCAUGGCUCGUGCAAGUCUUGGUGGACAACACUCAAGAGUUUUUCUGGGGCUUGCUGCUCUUGACAUGUUUUUGCCUCCUCAGCUACAUCAUGGAGCCAGAGAAGCCUAAAGGAGAACCUCGUGCCGAAAGCCGGAAUUCCUCGUCGAACAAGCCACGUUGGGAAGUUUUUCGCGUGACGAACUACAUCGUCAGCGCCAUGUUUGUCGUGUCGUUGUCCCUUUUGAUCUCCAACCAAAACAACCACCACGCCAUCGACAGCAGCUCCACGUCCACCUCGAAAUCGCCGUCGUCGUCGAACCCGAUGGUGUUUUAUGCAUCGGCAUGUGGAUGCAUCAUGUCACUGACGUACUUUUUCGCGUUUUUUGCCGUCGGGUUUGUUUCAAACCAAGUGCACGAAGACUCGUCUGAGGACGAAAAAGACCUCGACGACUCGAAAUGGAAGCAACCGAAAAAGGCGAACGCAUCUCCUGCUAUCGCCACCUCUUGUCAACCCCCCAUGCAGCCAAUUGCUCCUGCGAAAGCUCCGGCAUCUCUCCUGACUCCUCCAUUAUCGACCCUGGAUGCCGAUGACGAAGCCAUUUACCAGAAACUCACGACAAAGAACCCCGUCACUGGCCGUCCUCUCCUUGCCUUGCACGAUUUGGAAAAGACCCUCCAGGACUACGAACGUGCUGUCCGCCUUCGCCGCCAUUACUUUGAAGCCCAAAGUCAACUCGAUUUCACGCACCUUCCCAUCCAUGGCUACGACUACGGCAAGAUCUACGGAAGCAACUGUGAAGUUGUCGUGGGCUACGUGCCGAUGCCCGUGGGCUUGGCCGGCCCCAUCCGCGUGAACGGCGACAUGGUGUACUUGCCCAUGGCCACGACCGAAGGCUGUCUGAUUGCCAGCACGAACCGCGGGUGCAAAGUGUUGAGCAUGGAUCCUCGAGGCGUGGACGCGAUCAUUUUGGCCGACGCCAUCACUCGCGCGCCAUGUGUCCGCUUUGAGCGCGCGGCGGAAGCGGCGGCUCUCAAGGCUUUCUUAGACGACAAGGUCAACUUUGACGCGUUGGCCGCCGAAUUCAACUCGACAACGCGCUACGGCCGCAUGACCAGCGUCAAGACGAUCCAGUCGGGACGCAAUUGCUACGUCCGACUGUCUUGCAAUGCUGGCAACGCCAUGGGCAUGAACAUGGUGUCCAAAGGCACACUGGCCGUGCUUGCGUUCCUCAAGUCGUUGUUUCCAUCGAUGGAGCUGGUGGCGAUCUCUGGCAACGUGUGCACCGACAAAAAGAGUGCCGCGAUCAACUGGAUCGAUGGCCGCGGCAAGUCGGUGGUUGCCGACGCAGUCGUCAAGGCGAGUGUGGUGGAGUCCGUGUUGAAGACGACGGUUGAUGCGUUGGUGGACUUAAACAUCCAAAAGAACUUUGUCGGUAGCGCCAUGGCUGGGUCCCUUGGCGGGUUCAACGCGCAUGCAGCCAACAUCCUCACGGCCAUCUACCUCGCCACAGGUCAAGACCCUGCGCAGAAUGUCGAGUCGUCCAGCUGCAUGACAAACAUGGAAAAGACCGCGGACGGAGACUUGUACAUGAGUGUCACCAUGCCCUCGAUGGAGGUGGGCACCGUCGGCGGUGGGACGCACUUGGCCCCGCAGCAAGCGUGCCUGGGACUCAUGGGAUGCGCGCCGCAUCAGACGCACGAACAAGGGGAGUCUGGCGCCCGCCGCCUCGCUUGUGCGAUUGCCGCGGGGGUCAUGGCUGGGGAGUUGUCGCUCCUGGCCGCGCUCGCGACGAACGAACUCGUCAAGAGCCACAUGGACUUGAACCGCAAAAACGAAGACACAGCGGCGGGGGUGGACCGCCGGGCCUCUCGGUUAGUGCUGCAGCGAUGUCCUCACUGCAAUUGCGAGUAUGGAUCGGCGUCACUUCCCAUCCACAUGACACGCUGCCGCAUGCUCGUCUCCUCGACCGACGACGCCGUGAUGGGGACGAACGACGUGGGGGCACCGACGACGAACAAGGCGAUUCCUCCGCUGUCUGCCCUAUGCAUCAAGUUUAUCCUUGCCAACCUCCACGCCACAUGCAUCAACGGUCUGUACUCCCAACCUGCGUCACAGGCAUGGCUGCUUGCGUCAUUGCCUGAAGCUGUGACCCAGCAAGUCAUGGUGUGCAUGGUUCAUCGCCUUCAAAAGAUGACGUGUUCAUACGAAAAGCAUAAAGCCCAACUUCGCGCCGUCACGGACAAGUGCCUAGUCUUGGAAGUCGCCGCCGACCAGGCGCGGGUCGUCCGUCGAGAUCGGGACCGCCUCGCGCAGCUCUUGACUGUCAAAUCGAACGACAUGACCCAUCUCCGCCGCCAAACUGACGCGCUGCAGAAACAGCUCUCCAACGUACACACCCUCGUGACCAAGUUAACCCGCCAAGUAGAUGUCCUGGAACGAGCCAAAGGCACCGCCGACGCCACCGUGCAGUCCCUUCGCCAGCGACAGCAACUCAAACAGACGCCGGCGGCUGCGCGUCCCCGCGUGUCGUCAGUGCAUCCGACAGCAUCAUCAUGCCCUCGUCCCGUGCGUUCGUCAAGUAGUAGUAUACAUGGACGGGCACAGGUUAUGGCACCACCAGUGCGACCACGACCUCGAUCUCUGGGCUCCAACAUUCCGCUGCCAUCAACCACCAACUACUAUUGUACCGCCGGUGAUACUACGUAGUCCUGUAGGCAUUAACACGUGCACCAUACUCUAGUACUACAGUAGUACUACAUGUAAGCGAACUACUACUAUAUUGCUCCAGACCAGUUUUUCA